UCCUCUGCCUCUCCAGGCGGCACCUGCGUGUGCGCUCGCCCGCAUCUCGGCCAUCGGAAGCCGAUGUCGCUGGCCUCCGCGGGGUGCCGGCGGAUGCCUUUGGGGAAUCUCCCGACUGGAUUUUUUUUUUUUUUUUUGGUGUUCUUUGCUUUGGAAUUUCUUCCGUCGGGGGAAUGUUGUUGUUGUUCCCGCCGGAUCGCUCGUCAUCCCGGAGGAAAAAGCCAUCCCGAGCCGGCCGCGCAAAAAAAGAAGAAGCGGGAUCGCGCGUCGCUUGAGCAGAAUAAUCCGCCCUUCUGAUAGCGCUGCGUGACAACACACACACACACACACACACCUCCAUCCCGCUGCCCCCCCUCCCUCCCCCUCCCCCCCGCCGCCACCGCUUCUGCACUCUGAAUUGUUGCUUUUGUGCAUGGGGACGAGCGGCGGAAUCAACUGUCAAAAGGGUUGAAACAAGAGGAAAUCCAAAGCGAGGCAGGGCAGGGGCAAAAGUCCGCCGGGAGAGAGAAUCGCGCUGCGGCGGGACCCCCGCCGGGGGCAAAGAGCUGCUCAGGAUCAUCCCGCAUCCGGGAAUCGGAUCUUUUCCUGCGCACGCACGCCAGGACAUGGUGAGGCGUACGUGUGCAUGCUAAGUAGGAAUUGGGUUUGGAAUUUUUUUCUUUUUUUUUUUCUUGCUGCAGCGCCGCACUCUUGCGCGCGGAUACGGAGCCUUCUUUCCUUCCUUCCUUCCUUCCUUCCCCCCCCGUCUCGUCCGCUUCCUUCCCGUCCGCCCCAAGUUGGGAGUCGCUCGCAAAUCGAAGGCGGACUCAUCGUCCGAUGGUCUUGUUGAUGUUCCUUUUGUCCUCGGCGUGGAUUAUCAGCGCCUGGCGUCGUCUCCACUUCGCUCCGGAACGUUUGCGACACAUGCCGAGCGCAGGAUUUAACCCCCGAUGAGCCGCGAAGAAGGGCCCGGAAGGAUGAGCCAGCGUUCCGGGGCCGGCGGGACGGGCGCGGUGAUCCUGGAGGAACCGGAGCCGGCGGGGACCUCCGCGGCCCGCGCCGAGGGCCCGGCGGCCCGAGACCGGGGCCCUUUGGGGUGCGCCCUGUGGUGGCCCCGCCAGCAGACGUGGCUCUGCAUGGUCCCGCUCCUCAUCGGAUUCAUCGGCUUGGGUUUGAGUCUGAUGCUCCUCAAGUGGAUCGUGGUGGGCACCGUGCGGGAUUACGUCCCGACGGAUCUGGUGGACGCCAACCGGAUCGGACAGGACCCCAUUUUCCUCUCCAAGCCCAGCGGGCUUCCCAAAGGACCCGAGACCACUACGACCGCCACGACGACCGGAGCCACGAUCGCCGCCACCCCGACGGUGGACCACGCGCUAAAAAGCGUAACCGUUGGGAGGGGUAGAACUCGAUCUACCGCGACCACCGCCGCCGGGGCUAACCCCAGAACGGGCGUGGCCUCGGGCGGCCCGGCCCCCCCUCGGAAACACGCCAAUCGCAACGGACGCCUUCCUGUGGCUUUUACCGCGCCGCCUCGCACCAACGUGAGAACGUCCACCCCGUCCGCGUCUAAUCCCACCGUGCUCCACGACUCCACGCAGAUGUGGACUUCGGAACAUACCACCACAGGGGGGGCCCCCACCACCACUACCACCACCGCCGUCGCCCACAGGCGUGGACACCACAAAACGCCAUCUCCGACGAUGCCGCCGUUGCACUCGGAGCAUUUCAAGCCGUGUCACGACAAGGACUUGGCCUACUGCCUCAACGGCGGCGAAUGCUUCGUCAUCGAGACCCUCAGCGGACCUCACAAGCACUGCAAGUGUCGAGAAGGCUACCAGGGCAUCCGCUGCGAUCAGUUCCUGCCCAAGACCGACUCCAUCUUGUCCGAUCCAAACCACCUGGGCAUCGAGUUCAUGGAGAGCAAAGAAGUGUACCAGAGACAGCUGCUGUCCAUCACGUCCAUCGCUAUGGCAAUCGGCCUCCUGGGAGUGCUCUGUGUCGUUCUCUACUGCCGAAACAAGCGGCGGCGAGAGAAGCUUCAAGCUCACCUGAAGGAAAGUCGAAGUGUGAAAAACUACACCACAAACGUCAACAGCGUCCUGGACUCCAAGACCAGAAAUGGCAAGGCCGACAUCAGAAUGCAGCAGCAGUAUUGCAAACGUCCUCCUGCAUGUCGUCACAGUGACAUGUGUGAGCCGCCGUCCAGAAGCACUCAGAAGCUCACCACGGAGCAGAGGAGUGUUAACUGGUCGGCCGCCAGCGUUCCCAGAGGACGCCCCAAGGCUUUCCAUCCGUCCUAUCAUCACCUCCGAGAGGCGGAGCUUACCGAGAGGGAGGUCGAAGCGCCACGCAGUUGCAUCCAUCAGGAGGAGCCUCGCCGGCCCGAGCCCAGACCCGAAGACCCGGUCGAUAUGCAAUUUGCCCUCAACACGCGCUCGCAAGCCGACAGCGCCCCCACCUGGCCGGGGAGCCCGACCCGCCGCUCGGCCUCCGUCCGCAUCGUCCCGUCCGUGCGGGGUCGCCACGACGACGAGGUUUCCUGUAUGCAAACCGCAAUGAUGUCAUCAAACGCCGUCGCACCCCGCCAGGAAGGCGCCGGCGAUGGCGGCGCGGCGCCGGGGGGGCGAGAGGACGGGGAGCGGCAAGCGGCGCGGCUGCUGCUGCUGCGCGAGGCGCGCGAGAACCUCCGGGCCUCGGCGCGCAGGCGGCAGGAGGAGGGCGCCGCCCCGGUGGCCAUGCGGGCAAGAGAAACUGUUUGUCUCCUCAACUUUCACGUGGGCGGAGCCUCGAAGGCCACGCACACUCAAUUACUGAGAGAGCCGGACCAAUGAACAAAGGCGACAAAAGACGCUCUCGUUGGAUAAAAGAAAAAAAAUCAUCGCGCCGUUCUGGAUGCACACAAAAUGGCUGCCGAGAAGAAGGGGCGGGGAAAAAAAAAUAAUCACUUCAUUUAUUUGCGAAACACGACAAAAAAAGAAACCAAAUAGCCCCUUGCUCCAUGGUGGUUUUCACUGUACAAAGAGUAUAUGAAUAUAUAUAUAUAUAUAUAAAUAUAUAUAUAUAUAAAAAUAUAAAUAUAUCGAAUUCAAAAAGUGACCAAGUUGAAGAAUGGCAGGAGUGAUGUUCGUCUUUUUAUUUUAUUUUUUUGUUUCUUCUUCUUCUUCCCUUUGGUUUUGUACGACGAACGCCCGUCACAAGCGCCAUUUUGCCGGCCGACGCCAGGAAGGCCGACGGCGAUGACGACUUGUCAGCCAAGAAUCACACUUACGCGUGUGCGCGUGCGUACGCAUUCCCGUGAGAGUGUGCGCGCACGAGCGCCCCGUUGUUUUUUUUUUUUUUUUUUGCUUUGUUUUGGGGGUUUUUUUCCCCAAGUUGCCAACGGUCACCAAGGACAAAAAAAGGAGACAAGGACACAGCGGGAGAGAAGGAAGCAUAUUUUCUGAAUGUUUUCUCAUCUGAUAUUUCCAUGGAUGUGGGUCGGAUGAGCGGCGUCAGCGUGCGGGCUGGCAUCUUUGGCUGUUGCAACAAGAAAUAAAUGUCUCUAUGUUGUAUCCUCAA